AUGAAGAUUGGAUGUGUUGUAGGGGAUGUUAAUGGAUUGAAAAUGAAGAUAUUGGAAGAUGAUGAUUUGAGAAACGCUAUCCCCGAUGAUGAGCCGUUUAGUGUUCCCGGUUACCAAUUGCCGGAACAUGUGAAUGUUCACACGGAAUAUUCGGAUGAUGUGGGAAACUAUGAUGAUCGGGUCGAUGAUGAAGAUUGGGGGUAUGUGAGUCGCGGCAAUGUCGACAAUGCUAGAGGGUUUGAAGAUGAAGAAUUUGGCUACCAAAAUGCCAAUUUUGUGGGGAACGACGAUUAUGGGUAUGGGAAUGUGAGAAAUGAUGGCUACGGGAACAACCGCCAACCACGAAACAACAAUCAAAGGAACCGGAAUGAUGGGUUCUACAACAACAAUGUUAAUCCUAACCGGAUUCCUCGUUUCGUGGGAGGAGGUAAUCAAAGAGGUAAUCAAGGUGGAAACCGAAGAGGUGAUAGGGGAGGUGAUAGAAGGGAUAAUCGACGACCAAGAGAGCAAGAAGUUGAUGGUCCACGUCGUAAUCAACAACCUCCAAGGGGAGUCAAUGACCGUUUUAGGCCGGUGGUCACCGAUAAUGACUAA